GUGAGGAGCGGGAGACGGACACACCUCAGGAGGGGCCGACGGCCAAAAGGCCUCAGCGACCUCCAUCUUCUCCAGGCCGAAGCCAAAAGGCUGGGCGCUACUCUGCCUGUUACAGGGUCUGCGGGUCGGGAUUUUGCAUCCCAGUGGCGCAGCCCCAUCCGAGCGGCUGCUCGUCAUUUGCAUUUGAGAAGAUGAGGACGAAUCGGUGCUGUUCGCUUUUGCUGGAUGAAGCGUGUCCUUCGAGGGCAUGAGCAUGGAUUACGUGUCCUUCUCGGUCCUGGGACAACCAAACCAUCCUUGCCAGGGUUCCUUGGAAAUAACACAGAGUUUAGAAGAUGAUCCUCUACUGGAUGCACCACUUAUUUCAUCUCAUACAUUGCACUCCCAACUAAGGCCAAGAUUUUAUGCUAUCCCAGCAGUUCUCUUUGCCAAUUUUCUGUUGCUAAUCCAUGUUGCUUUUGUUGUUCUAGCAUUUUUAGCAGCCAUGUUUUGUUCUUACCCCAAUCCAAAUCAGGAUAAGUGCCCUGGAAACUAUACUCACCCACUUAAAGUGCAGACUGUCAUAAUCAUUGCAAAAGUAAUUCUGUGGAUUCUGCAUCUUUUUUUUGAACAAUACACUCAGCACCACCACAGUAAAGUCAGAAGCAGAGGUUACUUCUCAAUAUACCGAUCAACAAGACAUCUGAAAAGGCUUCCACUGCUGAUACACUCCACAGGUAAUGCAGCCCUGCUUUUGAUUCUGUCAGUGCAACAUUCCUUUCCUGAUCACAGCAAAGUGUACCUGUACCUAAUCCUGGGAAUCCUGGGCUUGGAGCUGAUUAGCUCCCUGACAUGCUUAGUGAUUUACACAGUGAAAAUAAGUAACUUCAAUCGUGCAAAGCCAAGACCUGACAUAAUUGAAGAAGAAAAGAUGUAUGCCUACCCUAGUCACAUUACCUCAGAAAUUGGAUUCAGGGAAAAUUCAAGUUUAGAAGAGAUAGUUGAGAAGCAAGGAGAUGUAAUAGAGUAUCUUCAGCGACACAAUGCACUGCUCAGCAAGAGACUGUUGGCACUAACAUCUCAGCAAAUCAAAACUUAACAGCUUUUGGAAAACUGCUGCAGGAGCUUUGAAGAGCCCACGAGGUAACCUAAUAUCCAGACAGAUUUGUACAGAUGACUUUUCAGUCAUCUUCCACGUUUUGAAACACAAGGUGGAAGGAUGAGCUGUGCAUAUACUGUAAACCUAUUGCAACUAGACACUCUGGCUGUCUUCAGAUCAUCUGUUCAGAAAAAAGUUCUGGAACUUCAAGGAUUUGUAAUUCCUAAUAGGUUUAAGUUGGACCUGAGGGAAUGGCUUAACUUUGUUGUUACCAUUAUUUUGUACUUCUGUAACCUUUAAGCUUUAAACUACCAAAGUAUUUUAUAUUUCUGGAAUACAAUGUUUUUUUCUGGAAAAAUGACAUUGCAAAGGAUAUCAUCAGUUUCUAGUGCUGAAGCUGAGGCUAGGCAACUUGUGUUAUUGAGUCCCAAUGCUUGUAAUCCUAUAUGAAGAAAUCCUGUAUGAAGUGGAUACUGGCUUUCUAGAUAGGUCAUCUUUUCUCCAUUGCCAAGACAAUAAAUGAAACUGUUGCCUGUGCAUCCAGUUGGCGUCCAAUUUCAAAUUAAAAGAGAAAGCAAUGGAUGCCCUGGAAUGGCAAGUCUCACAUUAGUGUGUGGUAUAAACCAAAGCAAAGUAGUUUGAGCAACUUUCAGAAUUCUAACUUUAAAACCUCUCAGAGGGAUCUUCAGGGAGUAGGCAGCUGGAUCUUUCCCACUAUUAGGAGUCUGUAAAAAUCCACAAGAUUCCUACUCUGCCAACUGAACUAACUUAAUUCAAAAAUACUUUUAAGUUUUUUAUUGACCUAGUAACUAACUUGUAUCAAAUUGGUUUAAAGAUCCUUUUAAAGAUGCAUCAGUUACAUGCAUCCUUAUGCUUUACUUUUGACUUGUCAAAAAAUGUCAGCAUCUUGAUUCAGAAGCUAAAAUAGUGUAUGUGGUGAGGUGAAAAGCAGCAGAAGACAAAGGUCUUCUAGGAAGGUUGGGGAAACAAUUGUUUGUUCUAUUUUAUGGAUUUCGUGGGGAAGGCUGGUAAAAGCAGUACCCAGAACAGAAUUGUUCUAUUUCUGCCAGUGUAGAACAAGAAUUAUUUUAGAAGCAAAUAUCUCUGGGGAGACAGGGUAAUCAUUAGUCAACUGGGAAGGGGGGGGGGGAGUGUCUCAUGAGGAGUGGUGUUGUAUUUAGAUAUAAGUAAACCAAGAAAAUCAUUCUAUCCAAGUCCUAGGGCACAAUGUUGGAAAUAACAAAACUAUCUAGUAGGCAACAAAAAUGUGGAUUGUCUCAUUUAAAGGAAAAGGAGAAACACUGGAGAUUUUGUUGUUAUCAAACACUAAACUGUUCCUUUUUGAAAUACAGCCAGGGUUUUAAAAUAUAGAUGUAAGGAACAGGUAUGGUUUUGGUUUUAGAACUCAGGUUUUGAUGUAACUGUAUCAAUUUAUAUGAUUUCUGUUUAAGCCAGUAAAAUGUGACUCAAGUUCAUGCACAAUAAAUGCAAC